ACGAGCCGGGGGCCCAUGGCCACCCCGUCCUUGCACCCGUCCAUCGGGCCGGGCAUCGGUUCCUCGCUGGGCUCUCCGGGCCAGCUGCACUCGCCCAUCAGCACCCUGAGCUCGCCCAUCAAUGGCAUGGGACCCCCCUUCUCUGUCAUCAGCUCCCCCAUGGGCCCACACUCGAUGUCUGUCCCCUCCACGCCCAGCCUGGGAUUCGGCACCAGCAGCCCGCAGCUCAACUCGCCCAUGAACUCCGUCACCAGCACAGAAGACAUCAAGCCACCCCUGGGGCUCAAUGGAGUCCUCAAAGUGCCAGCACAUCCCUCAGGAACGAUGGCUUCCUUCACCAAGCACAUAUGUGCCAUCUGUGGGGACAGAUCUUCAGGUAAACAUUACGGGGUUUACAGCUGUGAGGGCUGCAAAGGCUUCUUCAAGCGCACGGUGAGGAAGGACCUGACCUACACGUGCCGGGACAACAAGGACUGCCUGAUCGACAAACGCCAGCGCAACCGCUGCCAGUACUGCCGCUACCAGAAGUGUCUGGCCAUGGGCAUGAAGAGAGAAGCCGUGCAGGAGGAGAGGCAGCGGGGCAAGGACCGCAACGAGAACGAGGUGGAGUCCACGAGCAGCGCCAACGAGGACAUGCCCGUGGAGAAGAUCCUGGAGGCUGAACUUGCUGUGGAGCCAAAGACAGAGACCUACAUCGAGGCAAACAUGGGCCUGACACCCAGCUCGCCCAACGAUCCUGUGACAAACAUCUGCCAGGCAGCAGACAAACAGCUCUUCACCCUGGUGGAGUGGGCCAAGAGGAUCCCCCACUUCUCUGAGCUGCCCCUGGAUGACCAGGUCAUCUUGCUCAGAGCAGGGUGGAACGAGCUCCUAAUUGCCUCCUUCUCACACCGCUCCAUAGCAGUGAAGGAUGGGAUCCUGCUGGCCACGGGGCUGCACGUGCACCGCAACAGCGCCCACAGCGCCGGCGUCGGGGCCAUCUUCGACAGAGUACUGACAGAACUGGUGUCCAAAAUGAGGGACAUGCUGAUGGACAAGACAGAGCUGGGCUGCCUGCGAGCCAUCGUCCUCUUCAACCCUGACUCCAAGGGGCUCUCGAACCCGGCGGAGGUGGAGGCGCUGCGGGAGAAGGUGUACGCGUCACUAGAGGCUUACUGCAAACACAAAUACCCCGACCAGCCCGGCAGGUUUGCCAAGCUCCUGCUCCGCCUCCCAGCCCUGCGGUCCAUCGGCCUGAAAUGCCUGGAGCACCUCUUCUUCUUCAAGCUAAUAGGCGACACACCCAUCGACACCUUCUUGAUGGAAAUGCUGGAAGCGCCGCACCAAAUGACUUAGAGAACUCUGCUGGGUCAGUCCCUCGCCCGGGGGCCCUUCCUCUGCUUUCCUCGGCCCCAGCCCGUCCCUCCCUGCUCCCCCCAAGCCGGAGGCACCG